AAAAAUAAUUAGUCGUGCAUGAUUGGUUAUAAUUAAGAAAUAAAAAUUUGAUUUCUACCAUAUUAUGUAUUGCUUAAAUUUCAUUUUUAAAACCAAUUUCUUAAUUUCAAUUCGUCAUUCUUUUCAUUGUUCUCUAGCAAUGAUAAAUAUUUACAAUGUCAGAGACAAUGACAGAACAUACAACCCCAGCUCACUUCGAUCACAAUAAGCUUUAUUUUUCUGAUGAUUUAUCCAAAAUUUCCAUUUUGCAAGUGAACUCUAUAUUCUCAUUUGUACUUGCAUCCAUUUUUGUCACAUUAAUAUGUUGGUGUGAAAGGUUUUUAAAUUAUUAUUAUCAUAAAAAAUCAAAGUAUGAUCGAAAUCAAAAAAGAUUUAGAUCGAUUGCAGUGAAAACUCUUAGUUAUGGAAUAUUAACAACUUUAAGACUUUCUUACAUGUUAUUAAUAAUGUCUAUGAAUUCACAAAUAUUUAUUAUAGUGGUGACGGGCUUGACUACAGGACAAUUGAUCGUAGAAUAUAUACGAUCGAUUCCAAUUUACCAACAAUAUACAAUUCACCCUUCAUCAGAAAUUACACCUAACACUAUAGAAGGUUCUGUGUUAAUGGGAAAUAAUAACAAUUAUAGAGAUGAAAUAGAACUCGAAUCUCGUAAUUUUGUUAUUGAAAAUAUCAAUAAUGAAACCAAGGAGGAAAAGAGGACAUAAGUCGUGAAUAAAUAUGCAACUAGAAUCAAAACUUGAACAGAUCUUUUAAUAGCGUCAUUUCUUUCCAGCUAAAUUUAUUUUUUUCCUAACAUUUAAUCCACUUUUUGAAGUCUAAAUUACUAAAUUGAUUAAAUUGAUAAAUUCCCGAUAAAACGCCAAAAUAUUCUUUUUGUUCCCUAAAAAUUUGUUGUACUAUUAGGCAUAAUUUGUUGAAUAUUUCGAAAUAAACCUGAUCUGCGAUCUAUUUACAUUUGAUUUAAACUGAAGAUUUUUAUGUAACAUAAAUAG